AGGGAUAAAAGUGUAGAAGCGAACAUUUUUUAGUGACCAAAAUUGUGUGUCAGCGUGAGACCGAUUUUGGGUUGGACGCAUUUGCUGGAGGAUAUCGAGUUGUCCGAAGCCAAUGGCGCUCGUCCCUGCUGCUCCACACCCCAGGAUAGCCAACGCCGGAGGGCGCGUCGGAUUCCGUGCUGCCUGUUCCUUGAUGGCUACUCCGGUUUCAAUCGGAGGAAGAGGAGGAGGAGGGUUCACGCGCCGCCGACAACUCUGGCUCCGGGAUACUCGGUUGGGCCGCCGGCAUUUGUCUCGAUCCGGAUUUAGCAUAUCGGCGGCAGCAGCCGCGGAGGAGCAACCUACCUCUUCAGCUCAGGGUAUUGAGAAUGUGGUAAUUAUAGGAUCCGGCCCGGCAGGCUACACUGCAGCAAUAUAUGCUGGUAGGGCCAACUUGAAGCCGGUUGUGUUUGAAGGAUAUCAAGUUGGCGGUGUCCCGGGAGGCCAAUUGAUGACUACAACUGAAGUCGAAAACUUUCCAGGGUUUCCGGAUGGUAUUACUGGUCCUGACUUAAUGGACAGGAUGCGGCGACAAGCAGAGCGUUGGGGUGCAGAGUUACAUCAAGAGGAUGUGGAAUUCAUUGAUUUGAAGAACAGACCUUUUACAGUGGAAAGUGCUGAGCGCAAGGUACAAUGCCAUAGUAUUAUCUACGCCACAGGAGCAACUGCCAAGAGGCUAAACUUGCCUCGAGAAGAUGAAUUCUGGAGCAGAGGAAUCAGUGCCUGUGCAAUUUGUGAUGGAGCAUCUCCAUUGUUUAAAGGUCAAGUCCUUGCUGUGGUUGGAGGAGGUGAUACAGCUACAGAGGAAGCCUUGUACCUGACUAAAUAUGCUCGUCAUGUCCACUUGCUUGUUCGUCGAGACAGUCUCAGGGCAUCAAAAGCCAUGCAGGACAGAGUAUUCAACAAUCCAAACGUCACCGUACACUUCAAUGCACAAGUUGUGGAUGUAGUGAGCAACCCUAAAGGGCAGAUGUCAGGUGUAUUGGUUAAAAAGACCGAUACAGAAGAAGAAUCAAUUCUAGAAGCAAGGGGCUUGUUUUAUGGAAUAGGCCAUUCCCCAAAUAGUCAAUUGCUUGAGGGCCAGGUUGAUCUCGACUCCUCUGGCUAUGUCUUGGUUGAAGAAGGUUCUGCAGAAACUUCAGUAGAGGGCUUAUUUGCAGCUGGUGAUGUACAGGAUCAUGAGUGGAGGCAAGCAGUAACUGCAGCCGGUUCAGGAUGCAUUGCAGCUCUAUCAGUUGAAAGAUAUCUUACAAGCCAAAAUCUACUGGUUGAAUUUCACCAGCCGGCUCCUGAGGAAGCUAAGAAAGAGCUUACCGACAGAGACGUGCAAGAAGGUUUUGAUAUCACACUUACAAAGCACAGGGGACAGUAUGCUCUAAGGAAACUGUAUCAUGAAAGCCCAAGACUUGUAUGUGUUUUAUACACGGCACCGACAUGUGGUCCUUGUAGGACCUUGAAACCAAUUCUUAGCAAGGUCAUUGACGAGUACGAUGAGGCUGUUCAUUUUGUCGAAAUUGACAUUGAAGAAGAUCCAGAGAUUGCCGAGGCUGCUGGAAUAAUGGGCACCCCCUGUGUUCAAUUUUUCAAGAACAAAGAAAUGAUCAGGACUGUCUCAGGCGUCAAAAUGAAGAAAGAGUACAGAGAACUCAUAGAAGCAAAUCAGUGAGCGAUGUCGGUGAAGGUGAAAAAAAAAAAAAAAAAAAGAAAACCUCUCUCAUGGACCGCCUCAAUUCGAUUUUUGACAUGCAUUGCUAUCAAUGUACCUCCGCCAUCUAAAUCUGCACACUCAUAUACAAGCAUGUAUGUUGUAGAGGCCUUCCCCAUUGAAUUCUGAAUGCACAAUUUUUCACAUUG